AUGGUCAAGUCGUACUUGCGUUACGAGCGCGCUUGCUCCUUUGGCGUAAUUGCGUCUGUGGAAGGCAACGUUAUUUACGAUUCAAGUGGACGUUUGGCAAUUUCUCCGGCACUUCAAGAUGUGGCGGUAUGGAACAUUCGACAAGGAAACAAGGUGCGUGAUCUCUUAGCUCCAGAAAGCGGUGGAGGUCAGAUCACUGCCUUGGCUUUAAGUCCAGAUGGCAACGAUGUGGUCUGUGGCUACUCAACUGGAAUCGUUCGUCUAUUUAAGUUGUCGACAGGAGCGUUAAUAGUGACGCUAGAUGGCCACAAGGCUUCUGUCGAAGCUCUAGCGUAUCGCGCAGACGGUGCUGAGCUCGCAUCGGGUUCGCGGGAUACAGACGUGAUAAUUUGGGACUUGGUAAGCCAGACGGGUCUUUUUCGUUUAAAAGGUCACAAGGAUGCUGUCACGGCGCUUUCUUUUCUGACACCUACGACCUUAGCAUCCAGCUCAAAAGACACGCUUGUCAAGGUGUGGGACCUUGAAACGCAGCACUGUGUGCAAACAUGUGUGGGCCACCGCAAUGAAGUGUGGUCUUUAGCAGUGAAUCCAAAGGGUGAUCGACUAUUGACUGGUGUAUCCGACAACCAACUACGAGUGUGGAGCGUGCAACACCAACAUGGCAACGAAGGGGAGACAGUUAAGCUCUUGGGGCACAUAUACAGGCAGAGCAACGAUCGUGUUGCGCGAGUAAGCUACAAUAGUAAGGGAGAUUUAGUUGGUGUUCAGAGUGCAGGAAAAACGCUGGAGAUUUAUCGUGUACGAUCCGCAGACGAGAUCAAAAAGAAACGUCAACGUCGUGAAAAGCGUGUGCGUGAAAAGGCGAAGAAGAAACCACAACAAGGCCUUGAAGUGGAAACGACUACAAAAAAGGAACACAAAGACACAGAGGAUGCCACAGACAAUUCAGCGACGGACGAACUGGAGCUGCUUUGUGUGGUACGAUCGUCGCAUCGAAUUAAGUCCUUUGCGUUUUCUCCGGACGUGGCCAAGAACGGAACAACAUCGCUGAUGCUUGGGCUACAGAACAAUAGCAUUGAAACUUACACUCUUUUGCCGAGUGCAAGUGCUCUCGAGGAUCGGUAUAGCAAAUCGCAUGCACUCACACUAAGUGGCCAUCGAUCGGAUGUGCGCCAGGUCGCAAUCAGCUCAGACGAUCAGCUAAUUCUAUCACUGUCAGGAAUUUCGGUAAAGAUUUGGAACUCGCGCUCGUUGCAGUGCAUUCGAACAUUGAGCGAUAACUUGUCUCUUGCAUUAUCAGCGGCGUUUGCACCGGGUAAUAUGCACGUUGUUGUUGGUACAAAACUUGGGGAGCUUUUGCUAUUUGACCUGAACUCAGGAGAAUGUAUCUGGAAAGAUGAGAAGGCACACAAUGGCUGUGCCGUCUGGUCCAUUGACGUACGUCCUGACGGACGUGGCGUCGUGACUGGUGGUGCUGAUCAGCACGUUAACUUUUGGGACUUCGAAAUGUUUCGCCCUGACGAUGCAGAGCUAAGCACCGCUUUGCGUCUUGGUCUGUCACAUGCUCGUCUGCUCAAGAUGUCAGAUGAUGUGCUUUGCGUUCGCUUUAGCAACACUAACGAUUCGAAGAAGCUUCUUGUGGCAGUGGCUCUGUUGGAUUGCACUGUCAAGGUCUUUUUUGACGACUCUCUCAAAUUCUUUGUGAGCCUUUACGGUCACAAACUUCCUGUGAUGUCGAUGGAUAUUUCGUCUGACGAUUCUAUGCUGGUAACUGCGUCUGCGGACAAGAACGUCAAAUUAUGGGGUCUAGACUUUGGCGAUUGCCAUAAAUCAAUCUUUGCACAUCAAGAUAGCAUCAUGAGCGUUCGCUUUGUGCGAAAGACACACUACUUUUUCACUGCAUCGAAAGACAAGUCGAUCUGCUACUGGGAUGGAGAUCACUUUGAACGCAUAUUGAAAAUUGAUCAUCACCACUUUGGCGAAGUGUGGGGUCUGGCGGUGAGCAAUGAUGGAAGCUUCGUCGUGAGUUGCUCGCAAGACCGAUCGCUGUGCAAAUAUAUUCGCACAGAAGACCAGGUAUUCAUCGAGGAAGAAAGGGAGAAGGAGAUGGAACAGCUUUUUGAGAACGAGCUUGUAAAUUCAAGCAAUCCCAAGGCUCCUGCAAUGGGCAAUGAAAAGACUAUAGAAGACAAGGGUGAAACUAACAAAUCGGCAUCAGCCGCAAAGCGCACUAUUGAAUCUGUUCGUGCGGGUGAAAGUUUGAUGGAGGCUAUUGAUCUUGCUGAAACUGAGCUGCAGGCCAUUGCCGAUUUUGAACGUGUGCAAAAGAAGAAGAUCAAGGAGGCUCUGGCCAACGCAAAGAAGCAGGAGCAGGAGAAGAAAAAAGCACUUGAAGAGACGAACACCAAUGCUCUGCCUGCGGAGAAGGAUGAUAGUCAUGAAGCUAUCAGCGCAGUGAAGAAGGAAACGCGUCCACCAAAUAUGCUGCUGCUGGGUUACUCACCACUGAAAUAUGUGCUUCAUACGCUGCGGCGUAUUCGACCGCACGACAUGGAAGCGGCACUCAUUGUGCUGCCAUUCGAUUACGUGGAACGCUUGAUCCGGUUGCUACUUCAGUUGAUUUCAUGCCGCUUAGAAUUGGAAUUUUGCUGUCAUGUGCUGCUCUUUUUGCUUAAACUUCACAAUUCAGCAAUUUGCUCGCGUAUGGGUCUAUUGAACGAGCUUGAAUUGCUGUGGCAGCUACUGCGCUCGCAGCUCGUCGAGAGUAAAAAUCGCAUAGGAUUUAACUUGGCCGGUCUCAAGUACUUAAAACGCACGAUUGACGAAGAAAAGACUGGAUUCGUACAGAAUAUUUCUGCGCCUGCCGAACGUAACAAGAAGAAGCGCAAGAUUCAAGUAUAA